UCCUUUGGACUCUUUUCAAAAACAUUCUACUCUUGUUCUUCAACUGCAUUUCCAGAUCUACCAAUGGCGAAGCUUGGAUUUACUGCUGUUUUGUUCUUGUUACUUAUCCACUUUGCGUUCGCUUCGGAGACGCCGGAGUUGUCACCUGUGCCGGCCCCUGAAUCGGGAGAUACUCCUUCUCCGUUUGGAUCUCCUGAUAUUUCACCCCUGCCAGCUUCUCCUCCGUCUCCGGUGGCUCCGUCGCCGUCAGAUCUGUCCCCGAAUGGAUCCCCGACUAGUUCGCCUUCUCCAGCACCAGGCGUGAGUGACAUUAACCACAUCAAUGUUCCAGUCGAAGAGGAGGAUAAGGAGUCCGAUGGUGGAAUGAGUGGAGGCAAGAAGGCAGGGAUUGUGGUUGGUGUGGCCGAACCACAGGUUGAAAAUUGCUUGAUUUGCUUCACGUUAUGUUGGGUCAUGUGGUAAAUUAUUUACUACCCGUGUGAUGUGUACUUUCUUCUAAAAUAAAUUAUUAUUAUUAUU